AUGCCCGAGUUAGCAGAGGUGUCACGCAUUGUGCACUUCAUUCGCAAGCAUCUUGUUGGCAAGAAAUUGGCCAAUGUCCAAACGCAACAUGAUGAUAUUGUCUUCGGUAAAGCUGGCACAAGCGCAGCAGAGUUCCAAAAGGCCAUGCAGGGAAAGACUAUCGCUGGUGCUGGCCAGCAGGGCAAAUAUUUCUGGAUUACCAUGUCUUCACCACCUCAUGCAGUCAUGCAUUUCGGUAUGGCUGGAUGGAUGAAGAUCAGGGAUGCGGAUACGUACUAUUACCGAACAGACAAGCCGGAGGACAAAGACUGGCCGCCCAAGUACUGGAAGUUUCUCUUGGAGACUGAUGAAGACCCGAAGACGGAAGCUGCAUUUGUUGAUUUUCGGAGACUUGCGAGAAUCAGGCUGGUCGAUUGCCCAGCAGAUGACAUUCGGAAGUACAGUCCUUUGAAAGAGAACGGGCCGGACCCCGUUGCAGACAAGGAUACGGUGACUGAAGAGUGGCUCAAGGAGAAAGUGAAGAGCAAGAAGGUACCUAUAAAAGCUCUUCUGCUUGACCAGGCGAAUAUAAGUGGAAUUGGCAAUUGGAUGGGGGAUGAGAUUCUUUACCAUGCAAAGAUACACCCUGAGCAGUACAGCAACACACUCACUGAUGACCAAAUUAAAGAACUGCACUCUUCUAUCCACUACGUCUGCGACACCUCAGUGGAACUGUUGGCAGAUUCCGAAAAGUUCCCGGAAGACUGGCUGUUCAAGCACCGUUGGGGUAAAGGCAAGAAAAACAAGCCUGCUGUCCUGCCCAACGGGGAGAAGAUAGUCUACCUGACGGUAGGAGGAAGAACAAGUGCGGUGGUUCCGUCAGUUCAGAAGAAGACUGGCCCUGUUGCAAAAGACGUCAGCGACGAAGACAAGAAGCGUCCAGCUGCGUUGAAGGAAGAGAGUGAUUCUGAGGCAGUGGAGGAUAGCGCUCCGGCAAAGAAAAGAGCCACAAAUGGCCGCAGUAAAGCGACCGUGAAAAAAGAAGAGGUGGAAGAUAAACCAGCCAAGAAGGCCAAGGAGCAAUCUGCAGGGAGAAGACGAUCAACACGUCUUACUAAAUAG